AUGUCCGAAGAAUUGAAUCGCGAUAUCGCCGACCUGUCCAUAGAUACCACCGACCGCAAGCUCGUGCGAUCGGACUCCCAGUCUAGCUCCAACCACUCACCACUGUCUUACCACAGGAUGCCUAAUAUUGGUGCUGACGUUCAGGCCAGAGUACUGGCUUUUCAAGAAAAACGCCAGCAGCAACAUCAACAACAGCAGCAGAAUCAACAUUCCAACUGCGUAUCCGAGCCGACAACGCCUUCAAUGGAACUUUCUAGGAGGUUAUCGUUUAAAAAGAAUCAAGCUCCCGAGGAAAAGCCUUUGCCUCCACUUCCUCCUUUGCCUAAGGAGUCAAAGUCGACUUCGAGUGUUCAGUUGACGCACAACGGAAACGAUAUUGCUAUUUCCGACGGUUCUGAUGGGCUGUAUUCCGCCACUGGCAUUCCGCUCGGAACGCCGAUCGAGGUAACCAACGGAAAUGUGAGAGCGACAAUAUCACCUCGCAAUUCUUUCCGAACAAAAAAGCCGGAGAAGUUUGCACAGUUGGAGCAGUUACAAACCUCUGCUCGAACAGCCUCGCCCCAACAGGCGCAACCAUCAAUACAGAAAACUCCUUCGUCAUCAGGUGCUCGUCACCAGCAGUUUCAACAGCAGAAUAAUCCUCAGAUUCCAGUGGUGACUCCGCAGGCGGUGGCACGGAAUCCAAGGACGAAAUUGUCGCUUUCUCAGAGGCGGGGCAUGAAGCUGAAUGUGAGUGACCUUCAGGGAAGAGAAAGUUCUUCGGAUUCUUCUAAUCCCAGUAGUGCAUCUUCAGCUUCGGAUUCGCCCAUCGCACCUGGAAAGCCUGUUCUGGACCUGUUGGCCAAACGGAACCAGCUACCUAUGAAAUUCAAGCACGAACCGAGACUGGAAGGGUCAUUUGUGGAUUAUUCAAAGUAUCUGGAUGUGAAGUCCGGGUCUCUCAACUUUGCAGGCAAGGCCUCCGUUCACUCUAAUGGAAUUGACUUUUCUUCAGGUUCUUCUUUCCGGAUUUCACUCGACGAGCUGGAGUUCAUUGAGGAGCUCGGAAGGGGGAACUAUGGUAUCGUGACGAAAGUGCUGCACAGACCGACAGGCGUGAUAAUGGCCAUGAAGGAAGUGCGGCUCGAAUUGGAUGAUGUUAAGUUCCGCCAAAUUCUGAUGGAACUGGAGAUCUUGCAUAACUGCGUCAGCGAUUGCAUCGUUGACUUCUACGGAGCAUUUUUUGUUGAAGGAGCUGUCUAUAUGUGUAUUGAAUACAUGCAUGGUGGAUCCCUUGACAAGAUAUAUGGGGACGGUAUCCCUGAGAAGCAAUUGGCCUACAUUACCAAAUCGGUAGUUAAAGGCCUAAAACAACUUAAGGAUGAACACAAUAUUAUCCAUCGUGACGUGAAGCCAACUAAUGUACUGGUGAACGAAUCUGGUCAGGUAAAGCUGACAGAUUUUGGUGUUUCCGGAAACCUAGUUGCCAGUUUAGCUAGAACCAAUAUUGGUUGUCAAUCAUACAUGGCCCCAGAGAGAAUUAAGUCGAUGAACCCAGACGAUAUCUCCUACUCGGUACAGUCCGACAUCUGGUCUCUGGGACUUUCAAUCUUGGAAAUGGCCAAAGGGUGUUACCCAUAUCCUCCCGAGACGUACGACAACAUUUUCUCGCAGUUGAGUGCCAUUGUUGACGGAGAGCCUCCAACGCUUCCUAAAGACAAGUUCUCUGAGGAGGCGCAAGACUUUGUGGCGCAAUGUCUUAACAAGAUCCCUAAAUUGAGGCCCGUUUACAGUCAGCUUCUUAAUCAUCCAUGGUUGACCAAGUUUGCGGCUGAUUCGGAUGAAGAAGAGUCGCGCAGACUGAUGGCGGAGUUUGUUGACUGCAAACUGAAGGAGAUUGAAGAAUUGAAGCAGAAAAAGAAGGAGUCCAAAUCGAAGAAGUUGCCUGCUCUGCAUAAAGGCGGUGCCAAUAAUACAAAGUGA